AUGUCUUUCACAUCAGGUUCACAAACUAUGUCGUCGUAUGCUCCAUAUGGAGGCCAAUCCAAUCGGUACACGCCGAGAAGGCCGUACGCGAAACCCCUGGGCCGUCAAGAUUUCCGGUCAAGUACAGAGACUGUCACAAUCCCCCGCUCAGAGUACACCCGUCUAAUAUUAAUCUACGGGACUGCUCACUUGAAAUCACAGCGGCAAAAUGAUGAGAACCUUCCUGUAUCCCCUCCUAAGUCCGACGAGACCCUCGAGGGGGGUACUACGGGCUGUCAGGAACAUACAGAGGCGGCGUACCGGAACGCCGAUUUCGACGACAAUGAAGAUGGGCAUGAGGAUGAAGAGGCUCUGCUGGAUCCUCAGGGCAGCGAAGGAAAGGACGAUUAUGAUGAGUCUUCUAGAAGCGCAGGAUCCUCUCCUACUCCAGGCGCUCAACGCACCGUGAUGAUUCGGAAUCUCCCAGACCGCGUCACACACAGAGACAUCGUCGAAGCUGUAAGGGGCGGAGCCCUACUUCACAUCUACCUACGAGCGCGAGAGCGCAUUGCGAGUGUGUCAUUCGUUGAAGAAGUCGCUGCCCGCGAUUUUCUGCUGCAUACCAAGACCUACGGUCUCUACAUGGCUGGAAAGCGCGUGGAAGUGGGGUGGAAUGACCGACAGUUCUAUCUUCCUCCAUAUGUUAGGGUCAAAAUCAACAAUGGCGCGUCGCGGAAUCUAGUCAUCUACAACGUACAGCCCAACGUCACCGAGUGGGUCAUCCGGAAAGAUCUGGAUCAUAUCCACAAUCUAAUUGUAAUCUCGGUGAAAUUUAAGAACGGCAAUGCCUACAUCUCCACCAAUUCAGUACAUAAUGCGCUUUUUGCACGUUCCUGCAUGAUGUCUCGGUUCAUGUACAAGGGGAUGAAGAUUGGAUUCUAUGCCGAUGAGUGUAUGGAAUCUCCGGCCAAAAGUGCCAAGAAAGAGCCACAGGCACCGCCCAAGAAAGCGGCUCCGGUGAAUCGCUUUCAAUUGCUGUCUCUCGACGGGGGUGAGGAUGAUGAUGAUCAUGCCAACCAUAAUGGGUUGGGGAUGAACAAUGGCAUGCGAUGGGCCGACAAUAGCGUUUCGGCUUAACCUCUCUUUGUACUAUCGUUGCACCGUUCUGCGUUCAUUAUCAGUUGGACUGCGGGUUUAUCGGACUAGGCCUGGGAAAUUGCUACAAUGGGAUGCGCCGGAUUAAAUCGGCAAAUCUGAGAUAUGACCGCUGAGGAUAGGGUGGGGCUUGAUGGCCAUGGAACGGCAGGGUCUACAGAGAACGACUAGAUGCUCGCUAAAUGCUACCGGCAUCCCGUAUCUCCGAUACAUCAAUCAUAGAUAGACGUCAUGACAAAAAAAGAAAUUGGGUGAUUGAGAUAGUCCAGGCCUAUACUAAUUCCAGCCUAAGACCGAGCCAGCAUUGCACCAUCAUUUCCAUAC